CUUUUUUUUUCAAUUUUUCAUUUAAAAUUUUUAUUCGUUUUACUCUUUUUCUCUCUUUUGUUCAUUUUAUUGAAUCAUAUCCAAUAUACUUUAUACUAUACUAUACUAUACUAUACUAUACUAUAUCAUCUUACCAUAUACUAUCUUAUACUAUCUUAUACCAUCUGAUAAUAUCUUAUAUUUUAUACAUUUUUACGAGUCUACACUAUCUCUCAUACCUCACUCAAUUCCACUCAAGUCCAUCUAACAAAGUUCAGCUCAAUUCAAUUCAUUUUUAUCUUUUUUCAAUUCUUUUGAUUUUAUUUCAAUUCCUUGAUUCCUGAUAAAAUUGAUAAAAUUGAUAGUUAGCCAACUUAAUUGAAUGAAUUCAAAUAAAUUAUCUCAAAAAUGAAUAAUAACAACCUCAAUAUUAACCCAAAUUUAAAUAUAAACAAUUACAACAACUACAGCAAUUACAAUAUUAAUAACAACUCUGCUAACAUCUCAAAUAACUCUAUCAUAAAUCCUAACAUGAAUAACCUCAAUUAUAACUAUAACUAUAACUACAACUACAAUCCUGACCUAUCCUCCUCUUCUUCCUCAAACCUUCAAUUCUCGAGAAGCAUGGCCUUUUCCAAUCCAACUUCUUUAAAUUCAAAUUCAAAUUCAAAUUCUAAUAUACAAAAUCAAUAUCAACAACAAAAUCAAUCACUACAAUCAUUUCCAAGCAAUCAAAAUUUUUACAGCACUAUUCAACCUCUGCAAUUAACUAAUAAUAGCUCGAUUCCUAUUCAAUCAAACUCAUCAAACCAAAUCUUCUCGUGCGAUUAUCCGGAUUGUGACACAAACAGACGAUUCCAAAAUGAUAAACAAUUAAAGAAACAUAAUUAUGAUUGCCAUGAUAACGUUUUCUUUUGCACUUUAUGCUGCGAUAAAUUUCCUAGAAAUGAUAACUGUAGAAGACAUGUUAACAUGAAGCAUAAAAUCCCAGUGGGAAAAUCCGGCAAAUAUGAAUUAAUAGAUAAAUACAUUUUAAGAAUUAAAAGAAAAGAUAUGAAGGAUGGUAACUUUAGAAACAUAGCUAAUGAAAUCCAAAAAUAUAUCGUUAAAAGAGAUCUCAAGCCUGAAUCCUCUGUAAUGAAAAAUCUAACCCUUAUUCGUAACGAUAUAGAUAAUUUUCGCUCUCAACCUCAACAAUUCUUUCAUGAUAAUCAUUCAAAUAACCAAAAUAUUCACAAUCCGCAAACACCAAAUAUCAAUUCCACUUAUCUUGAAAGAUCUGUGUCUUUUCAAAAUUUCAAUGUCAAUAAUGCUUUUACAUCCCAAUCUUCUUCUCAAAGUCUCAAUCAAUUUAACAGUAUACCUACUAAUUCGACUGCAAAUACUAAAAAUAACAAUAAUAACCUCAUGAACUCUCAAAUCCAACCACUCCAAUCAAUCCAAUCAAUCCAACCUUUAACUUCUGUUCCUCAAAAUGUUCCAACCACUAAAAACUCUCGAAUUAGAUUACCUCCAAUCUCAGCUUUGCAAUUAACUCCAUCGACUGAUACCAAUGCAAAAUUACCUCCUUUAAAUUUUAAUCAUAAACAAAGCUAAUUCUUUGAUAAAACAUGUUAUCUAUACCAACAAACAGCAGUGUUACCUAUAUUGAUUUUUUUUUCCUAUUUUGAAUGUAUUCUACAACCGA